CAAAAAUUUUGAUCGCUCGCCGUCUCGCAUCGCAUCGCCAUCGCAGAGUGAAAUAAUCAUGAAGAACAGUGUUUGCGCGUCGGAGAAAUUGUUCGGCAAUUGUACGGAAAAUAUCGCGUUCCGCUGGUGAAAAACGGUGUCCAAAGUGUGCUCGGAAGUGCCGCGAACGGCGGAAGUGCAAAAUCGACCCCGAAAGGCAGCGGCCAGCAGCGAAAAACGAUGAAUAUGUCCAGCUGGAUGAUACGCAAUCGGAGCCAGCGCCAGAGAAGUCGCCCGGCUCCGGAAGAUUGCUACCGGUUGGACCUGGGCAAAUCGAUCCGGGAGAACGCCCAGGACAUCUACGUGGGCCUCAGCGCCCGAACCACAAACGAAAACAAACGGCUCAGCCUGCUGAACGGGCUGGUGAAGCUGAUCGAACGAUGGAAAAAGGACAACGCCCUCGGCAGCUGUCCGGUGCUUAUCGGGAGCCCCCAGCGCAGAGUGCUGCAGCAACGGGACAGUGCUCUGGGGUUUGCCGUGCAGGAGUGGUUGUACUGCAUCAGUGCCUCGCUGGUGCAUCACUUUACGCAGAUUAGGGCCGGGGCACUGCGGUCUGUUCGGCACCUGCUGAUGGCCCCGGGGGACGUGAGAGCCCUCAACGAACUUCAGUUGGGACAUUUGAUCUGUCGGAGUUUGGACGUGUUGUUGAAGAACGAAGAAGAACGGGUGCAGGCACUGAAGCUGGUCCGGAAGCAACUGAUGGUGGCGCCGGAACUGGUGUGCCCUGCUCUGGUGAGGUGUUUGGUAUCGCUGGGGGAAAGUGGCGCCGAAGAUCGCACGGUUCGCAUGGAUAGGGAAGACCGCAUGUUGAGGGCUUGCUUGGCGACGCUGUGCGAGUUCGGAGUGUUGAAUCCAAGGCUUCUGAUAGUGUGCGGUGGGGUUAGCGUGAUUACCAGGAAUGUGCUGGAGUGUCACAGCCCGCGGAUAGCGGAAAGCCUUUGUGGAGUGCUGUUGCAUCUGCUGGAGUGGCCAAAAACGCGACAAAUUGCCGGGGUUCGGUUGGACUGUUUGGGGGCUCCGUAUUGUGAUUUCUCGUAUCGGUUAGGUAUAAUGGAUAAGAACAAAGAUGCUCGGGAUUUGCGGUUUACGUGCAGUCGAUUGGCAUUGCUGUCGGUUUUGCGAAGCUGGGCAGGGACGAUCGAGUUCUGCAAUCCGUCGAAACCAUCUGGGCUGAAAGCAAUAAUUGAUAUACUCUAUCUGAACCAGUUGGAGGUGCGCAAAGCCGUGCUGGAUCUGCUGUACGAGUUGCUAGGUCUUCCGCAGCCCGUUUGGUCCGAUGAGUAUUCGGUGGCACUGUCGGUGGUUGAUCCGGCAGAGUAUCAGGACUCGUGGCGCCUGAACGAGGGUUUUGUGGCAGCCGAAGGAAUUGCAGUGCUUCCAUCGCUGGCAAGCCGUGUGCCAAACGUUUCCGACAUUCACCUCGCUUUACUACUGUAUUGUUUUAUCGAGAAUGGACUGUUGAAUGCCCUGGUGGAGGUGAUCAUCUCCAGCGAUACAUUCAUCUCGGUUCGGGCUACGAUUCUGCUGGGCAAAAUCCUACACCAAAUGCAUCUACUGUUGCCGGCGGAAAUCUGCAACUCGACGCCUUCGUCCACGCUGCCAACGCUCAUCUCGAAGGCAACCGAGGGCAACCAUCAGGCCAAGGCGGCCAUAGCCUCGCUCCAGCAGUUUCAUCAAAUGCUCCAAAAUCGACCGGCUUCCUGUUCGUUGUUCCUCGAUUGCAUCAUCCAGAGCGGAGAGCUGAUCAACACUAGGAUAUUCAAGCGGGAGCUGAGUACGCAGGAAACGGUUUCCCUCCCCGCAACCAAAUACGCGACCUUGGACAGUGGCACUUCCGGUUUCGGAACGAAACGCGUUCGCCACGACUCGGUGGGAUCCACCGGCAGCUCGAGUGGAAGCGGCGGCGUUGGAGUCCGGCUGGGUUACCUAUUCACGGGAAGUCUUCCGCUGCAGAAUGGAUCCUCCCUGGACGACAGUGCCAUGGCGACAGCGGCGGGGAAGGCCAACGGUGUAAAACGAUCCAGUCUGAAGCGGGCCCGUUUCAUGCAAUUUUUCGACAACAUCAAAGAGAACGAACGGCUCAUCAAGGAUUCGAAUGUGCUGGGGAAUAAGGACGCCAACAUGUGGGACUGGGACAUUGUCAUCACGAUCUUCCGGUCGGACAGCUUGGGAAGCAAGCUGGACGACCAGAACACGCGGUUUAUCCGGAGGAUAAUUGACUACUUCAAGCCGAGCAAUAAUCGCUUCUCGCACCAGGAUCUGACCAGGUAUAACCGGCAACUGCCGCCGUAUGUCACGGCUGCACUGGAACUGCUGGAUUGGCUGCAGCAGAGUCAGGAGCUGGAAUGCAUCCGGAUGCUGACCGACCUGUUCACGGACAUCAGCCGCCAGCUAAUGUCCAUCCACACGAAGAAGUCAGCGCACGAGUGUCUGUUCAGCCCGCAGCACAUGACCAGCACCAUGUGCCAGCAGUACUUUCUGUUCAUCGGUCGGAUGUGCCGGACCGAGAAGGGUCUCAGCGUGCUGACCAAUACGGAUAUAUUUAAGGAAUUGACCACCAUCGUCACCAAGACCAAUCACAUCUGCUACGUGAAGUUGAUCGUUUCCGGGCUGGACUACAGUCUGGACGGGGAACCGCGAAAGAUCCUGAUGCGAGCGCUGCUCAAGCAUCCUUCGGCCAAAGCCAGGCUGUACGCGGCCCAGUUUAUGCGGGUGCUCCUCCGGGCUCGACUGCCGAACUUUGAGGUGUGGGGCAUGCCCCUGCUGCUGAAACUGGUCGACGAAUGCCAGGCCAAGUGCGUACAGCUUGCUGCCUUGGAAAUUCUGGAGGAGGCUUGCUACGAGCGGACCUACCUGGAGGAACUGGUCAACGUUUGGCCCAACCUGGAACGGGUCAGCGAUCACGGGAAGCUAGUCAUGAUGAAGUUCUACUCGAUACCGAGAGGCUUGAACCAUCCGGAGGCGAAGAUCAAAGAGGAAAUCGAAACGUGGGUCAAUGGCUACAAUAAAAGAUAUGUCCUUCUAAUUGAAGCUGAUGUCCACGCUCACCUGACGCAACAUACCAAAACCGAAGACGGAACGUACAGUCGGAGGCAUUGCGCCCAGCGGGUAGGCGUUACCGCUCCCAACAUGUUACCCCACCUGUACGGUCAGUUGAUCCAGACGACCAAGGGCAUGUGCAGCCUUCAGACGCACGGUGAACUUCAAGCUCUAAUCGACACCCUUCUCCUGGCCAAGUGCAACGACGAGAAGGACGUCAUGACGCUGAAGGCGGCGAUGUGGGCCUUGGGUCACUUCUGCACCAGCAAGGACGGGGUGACGUACCUGAACGACUCCUCGGCGACCGUUUUUGAACAGUUUGUACAGCUUGCCAAAUACGCGGAUGUUUAUUCGGUGCGAUCAACUGCCCUGAACUGUCUGUGCCUGAUCGCAACCACCCAAAUGGGCGCCGACAUUCUGCAGAAACUGGAUUGGAUUUCGGUUCGGCAUGAUCGUAGUACCUACUGGCCCGUCUACGAACCGGACGAGUGGUUCCCCAAACAGUUCAAUACUCCCGUUCGUCACAACUACGAGUUCCCGCCCUACAACUAUACCGCCCUGCUGGAAACGAAUGAGCCACUUCUGCAGAACGAGCCAGACGAUCAUUUGAUCGUUUCUCGCAUGGAAAGCACUGCUGUCGGCGAGGAUCAGAGCGAUAGCGCCGCGGCCACAACCUCUCGCUCUAAAACCCUACCGGAAAGUGUCCUCCUCGGACCGAACCGAACACCUUCAUCCCAGAAACACAAACGCUCCCUCUCGGAAUCCAAGACAACGGACGGUAUCAGCUUGAUGACCGCGACGGCUCUACCACCCUCCAGUCAUAUUUCUAGCUUUACCGCUCAUCCCAGAACCCGCUACAACUCCGGCACGGAUUCCAAUACGUCCGGAGUUAGUAGCUACGAGUCGAUAUUCGGUAGUCGAUUCCACGCAGACCUGAUGCAGCAGGGCCAGCUCUCGCCCAUCCCGAGCAGUUCGAAUCUGAUCGAUCUGAAAAAGCUCUCGUCGGAGGAAAAGUACCGAAGGGUAUCCCUCACGGGAUUGCCCCUGAAGGAGACCAGCGUCAUGACGGCUCAGGAUCUGUACGGGUAUCACACCAUGCGGAUACUGAGGCGCCGCUGCCGACCGAUGCUGUCCGAAUCGGCGGCCGACGAGCUGGCGGAAAUGAUGGACGAAACCAUGGCCAGCGUGACGUCGUCGUCGUCCACUUCGACGAUCUCGCGGUUCCGGCUGAGGGCGCACCGGGCGCUGACAGAGCAACAGAGGAAGCUGAAGGUGCGCAGUCUGGAUCGGAACAGCAGCUUCAAUGCGAUGAUGGGAUACGACGAAUUCCGGCAGAGUUUACGCAUCAAGCAUCAGAGGCUGCAACUGCAAGCGGAUAUCCGUGGACCGUGUUAUGCAGGAAUCUGUCUCCCGCGGAACAUCCUGGACCUGUUCCCAUCGGAGGAACCCUCCGGUACGUACGUAUCGAACUUCACCCUGAACGAGCUCGAAGCGAACAGCUCCGCCGAGUUGGAUUCCCGAGACCCUAACACAACGGCCAGCAGUAGCAUACCGAUCGUGGACAGGGAGUCGGCCGAUUCGGUCAAACUCCUGCGGGCCAACUCCGUCGACAGCAGUGGGGUGGGACACGCCCGCGAGGAUUGUCUCCAGUGCUGCCGGCGGAGGAUUGACCCGUCCUCGGGGAUCAGUUCCAGCAGUCGAAGCGAGUUCUUCAACUCGUCGGAGAGUUCCUUCAGCGACGAGGUCGAUCGCACUAGGGCCAGUAUCUUGAGGCACGUCCAACGGAUGGCCAAUCCGGUAUGGAGCAAGCAGAGCCGAACGCAAUUGUUGGAGCUGAAACAGAAACAUCCCAGCGCGUUUCAGGAUAUCUGCCUCUACUCGGAAGUGUGCCAACAGCUGGGUCGAAAUACGUACCGGCUCGGGUCCCGGCGGUUUUUGCAGGAGUUGUUCCUCGAUCUGGACUUUGGAAGUUUCUAUCGGGAACCGGGGGAGAUUUCAACCGCUAAAGCAGACCGUUUGAAUGCGGUAGAGCAUGUACUGCCGUUGAAUGGAGAGAUGCCUUCUCCUUCCGGGUCCAAGCUGUUCAAAUCGCCCGGAGCGUUGAAGGGGUUCGGUGGGAUCAGUGCUAGUGUUAGGACUAACUUCAGUACGGUGCCUCCGAGCACGGCUGAUGAUGUAACUCGCAAUAAUAAUCCACCUACUUCGUCGGUUGCCGCCGGAGAAAGUGGUGGCACCAGUGUCGAUAGUGUUAAUAACGGUAUUAGUGAUAGUAGUGGUGUCCAGGCGGGACCGGUUCCCCUCAAGCCACACCAUUUGCGGUCGCCACCAAUGGCCAGUCUGUACGAAACCAGCGUCGAGAAUCUAGCCGAGAUGAGCUCGACGCCGAAGGGUGUCGGAUUGCGGGUUCAAAUCGCCCAGGAUCAAAUCGAAAGGCACGAAAAAGCCCUGAACCGUCACUCGACUGGUACGGACCUACCGGACGGCAUCACCAUAGAUUCGUCGGCCGGUCGAUCCGACGACGACGAUCCACCGUCAUCGUCGUCGGCAUCCGGGACCGCAUAUCAAGGCCAGAAUACCAAAUAUAGAACCCGGCCCCGCUUCAACACGCUGGAGCUGGAUCUGAGCUGUACCAAAAACAAGUUCCCCAUCCGGAGGGACCGAGGCGGGGGGGCGUCGUGUCGUUUGCUCACGGAUUACUCCCCUACGACGCCUACCGGUGGCAUCAUAACGACGUUUGGCGUCACAAUUCUGGGCUCCAGUUUUGGCGCCGGAAGCCAAAGCGCAGUGACAAGUCCUACCAGUGCACUGCAGCCGGGCGCUCCGCCACUCUUCUGCGAACAACGGCUCGAGCAGCAGCUCAAGGGAUCCAAAUCGGAGGCCGCUCUGGAGAUCAAGAAGUGAGCGUGGUUGUUCGAAUAAUGGGACAGGAAAGGGAUGUGCAAGGCGAGUAUAAAUGCGGUUCCGUGAAAGGGUGCAGUUUUAUGUGUUGCGUUGCUUUUUAGGUGGAAAGUCAGUUCGAUUUUUUAUACGGUCCGCAAAGGGUCGGGUUUUAGAGACGGGAUUUUACGGGAAAUAUAAUUGACAGGCGGUUAAAUUUGAACGGAA